GUCGAGGUAUUGAACCGAAAAUCAUUGUUUCUCUUCCUCCUCGAUCACAAAAUAUCUCUGGCGAUUCACCGCUCGAUCUUCGUCGGGUUACGAUUGAUAUCACAAAGGCGAUCCAAUCUCGAUAAAUUCUAUCUGCCAACACAUUAAAACAUCUCUCCUUUGCACAGUUGCUUUACUUCGUCGUCGUUGCUACCGAAAGAUUUAGUGAGUAAUGGCCAUUGUUGACAAAGGGAAGCUUCGAGAAGAAGAAGAAGCAUCAGUUGUUGCUCGUUCUAUAAGUUGUUUUGGGUUGGGACUAUAAACAGCUUACAAAAGAGAAUGAGAAAAAAACAUGAGGAUUCUGAAGGGAAGUUGAGUGUUGUUAAGAAUACUUAUAAAGAUGUUGAUGAGUAUUUCGAGACCUUUCAGCCUUUGCUCUUUGAGGAAGUCAAAGCUCAGAUUUUGCAGAAUGAAGAUGGUGAAGAAGCAUCGGUGUGUAAAAUGAGAUUAGUAAUGGAGUGCAGCGAGGCUGAUGGGUUUCACAUUCUUCUAGUCACUUACGAACACGAGGAAGACGAGUAUCUUGCUCCAAAUGAUCUCUUAUUGCUAUCUAAAGAAGAGAUUAAAGGGGGUUCAUUUCCUUCAUCUUAUGGGUUCGUUGUGGUGGAAAACCGUCAGAGUAAUCUUCUUCGAAGAUCUUCGGAUGUAUUUAGCUGAAUAGGUGGUGUAUUUAUGAGUUGUGACAUUGCCUGUGACAUAAGAAGAUAUACACAUGUUUUAUAGCUUCUUUAAGAACCUCACCAUUGGAGGAGGAAAAUUUUAUUUCCAUUAACCAAGGUUCUAAACUUGCCAAAUCACCUUAUUUAUUCUUAAUUUAAUCAUUACAACCUUUAAUGGGUUCUAAUGGAUGGAGAUGGUCUGAGUAUCUUUAGAAUUUAUUACCCCUUUUAUAGAGGAAGGAUUGAGAAAUUGUGACUGGGCACCGUUUUUUAUUCCCUGAAUUAUUUAGUCUCAUAUAUAUAUAUAUAUACAUCAAUGUUAUUUGCAAAUAAUGUUGAACUUCUCCUAUGGCGUUU